AUGACCACCUUUCCCGAUAAUCUGCGCCCCAGUGAGCCAAACGGCCCCAGCAUCUUGCAGAAAGAAAGAACAAACUCCCAAGUUAGCGUGGCAGAAAUAGGGAACCAUCUCUAUGCUCAUAAUGGGUUCCUUGCGCGGCAAUCUCGGGUGCUUGCUAUCCUUUUGGAGGAGCCUCUUUUCAGCAAAUCACAACAACCGCAGUUGUCGCGCAUCGAUCGCUUCAAACUGGCAGUUGCGCGCGGAAAAUUGAUCCGUCGGCUCCAAGAUGUCCAUCAGUGGAGCUUGGAGGACUACAAAAUGGCCCACUACCUUGUGGAUGAACCGACUCCGUACCACCUUCACAUGCAGAUGUUCCGCACAACCAUCUUGGAACAAGCCAGUGAUGCGCAGAAGGCUUUGUGGCUACCUAAGAUUGAAAGCUGGGAUAUCAUUGGCGCGUACGCGCAGACGGAGCUUGGUCAUGGCAGUAAUGUCCAAGGGAUAGAGCUCCAGGCUCGUUGGGACCCGAAUGAGAGGGGCUUUGUGCUUCAUAGUCCUACCCUGACUGCCAGUAAGUGGUGGAACGGUAGCCUCGGUCGGAUGGCCAACCACGCGGUCGUCAUGGCCAGGUUGCUUCUACCGCAGCCCGCCGGCGGUUACGUUUCCCAAGGCCCGCAGGCGUUCAUUGUCCAGGUUAGGGAUCUCAAAACCCACCUUCCCUUGGAUGGUGUCAUCAUUGGAGACAUUGGAGCCAAGUACGGGUACAAUACAAUGGACAAUGCAUACAUGCUGUUUAACAAUUUUCGAAUCCCCCACUCCGCCUUGUUAUGUCGUUAUGUACAUCUUGAUCCAAACACAGGGGUUUUUACCAAGCCAGAGAGGCCAAUGACAGUGUACGGAUCAAUGACAAACGUCCGUGCCAAUAUAGUCCACGAUGCGGGGCUGGCCUUAGCCCGGGCUGUCACGGUAGCAGUCCGUUAUACCGCGGUCCGACAACAGUUCCGAGACCGAGACUCGCCGGAUCCCAACAGUAGUGAGCUCUCUGUCCUCGAUUACCCGACGGUACAGGUCCGAAUUUUACCGCUUCUGGCUGCCGCAUUUGCACUCCACUAUACCGGACGGGCGAUGUACGAGAGCUAUCAUCGAGCACGCGAAGAGAUUGAACAAGGGAACUUCCAAGGUUUGGCCCAUAUGCACAGUCUCUCAUCAGGACUGAAGAGCCUAUGCACAGCAAUGACAGCAGAUGGCAUCGAGGUCUGUCGACGUUCAAUGGGAGGCCACGGCUUUGGUGGAGGUAGUGGUCUCAUCCAGCUCAACAACGACUAUAUGGCAAAAACCACGGUCGAAGGUGAUAACUGGAUGAUCACACAGCAAUCCGCCUCUUACCUAAUCAAAAAAAUGGCACUUGCUGUUAAGACGCUGGACAACCCGUCCACGGACGAGAUGGAUGCACAGUUCAAGACUUUCCUCAAGCACCGCGGAGAGGCUAGGACCUUCGAUAUCUUGGGAAAUGACGAAGAUAUCUGCGCCAGCUUUCAGUGGAAGGCAACCUCCCAGGCCUAUGAGGUAUACAACGAGAGAGUUGUCAAGAAAAAGCGCUGGAAUGAUAUUCUACUUCAGCUCCACCACCUCAGCCAGGCGCAUGCCCAACUCUUCCUAGUCAAAACUUUCUUUGACUCUUUGAGCUCAUGUCGCGAUAUGUCACCGCCAGUGAGGGGAGUUCUUCUAGACCUUUUCCGUCUUUUAGCCCUGACGAUAAUGAAAUCUGAGAGCUACGAUUUCCUUCGCUUUGGUGCAGCCUCCCCAGCCUGUCUCGACGCCUUGCCCGCCAGGAUACAGUGUCUGAUGGCCCAGAUUCGGCCUCACGCGGUUAAUCUCGUUGAUGCUUGGAUGAUACCUGAUUAUCUUCUGGACAGCGCAUUGGGUCGUUCUGAUGGACGGGUGUACGAGGAUUUAUUCAAUCGUGCUCAUCGUCUGAAUCCAUUGAACAAGAUGACCUUUAACCCUAACUAUCGGGAUGACGAGAUUGUCAAGGGCACUCAAGACAGUGGGCUAGCCAUUCUAUCCAAAAUCUGA